AUGAACAACUCAAAUAUAAGUAUUGGUUGUUGUAGUAUACAAAAAGAAAACAGUUUUAACGAAAGAAAUGAUAAAAUUAUAAAGAAAAAUGAAGAGCUUCGAAAUAGUAGAGAAGAUGCAAAAGUUUUAUCUGAAUUAACAAAAUUUAUAGUAUGA